AUGUCGCGGCCAGUCAUCCUAUAUGUGCCCGGCGCAUGGCACAGUCCAGACGCCUUCGACAAGGUGAUAGCGCUCUUAUCAGCCAAACGCUUCCCAAGUCGGAAAAUCCACCUACCCUCUGUUGACAGAUCACCUGCAGUAUCAUCUAUCGAGCCCGAUGUCGAGGCGAUCCGCAGUGUUGCUCUUUCUGAAAUGCAACAAGGGCACGACAUUUGCGUCGUCUGCCAUUCAUACAGCGGCGUGCCCACCAGCCAGGCACUCAGAGGCCUUGGACGGCCUCAGACCGCUGGAGGCGGGCGAGUCUCCGCCAUCAUUUAUAUCGCUGCUUGUCUGCUCUUUGAAGGCGUUUCAUUGAGUGGUGCAAAUACUGCUCAUGGUGGUGCAGUCCAGAGUGAUGCAUACAAGCUUCCAGACGACGGGAAUCUGCUGCUGAAUAAGGAUGUAAACACAGCUCAUGGAUUUUAUAAUGACCUAUCGCUCGAGGAGGCAGCAUACUGGGUCAGCAAGCUAGGGACCCAUUCAGCUGUGACGCUCGAUUUGCCAGCAAAUUAUGCAGCUUGGAAGGAUAUCCCGUCCUGGUAUCUCCUUUGCAUGCAGGACAAAACAAUAAUGCCCGAGACUCAACGAGCCUUCGUCAAGAAAGCCAGAGAAUACCUAGACGAAGCUGGAGGGCCAGGGACUGGGGCGCACAGAUUGAGGAUGGAGGAGAUCGAUGCAGGCCAUAGCCCGUUUCUGAGUCGGCCUGAGCGGACUGCAGCAUUCAUUGAGAAAGCUGCUACGUCUGACUUGAACUGA